UAUGCUGGCGUCUGGAAGUGAUCUCUGUCGGUUCGGUUUCGUUUUCUGAAAACAGAAACAGAUGGAUAUGGCCGGGCUAAAAGCAGUUGACUCCAGCCGAACGCCCACCCCGUUUGUGGAUUAAAAGCUACGUCGUCGCUUGAUGUAUUUAGAGAAAUAAACGAAUUACCAAACUGUCUAGCUAAUCAGCUGCCCAUGUGUGUGGAGUGUAGCGAGCUCGAAGUCAUUAGUUAGCUAUGUUAGCUACCCAGAUAGUGAGAUCUUUUUGAGAUUUGUAUUGAUGUAGCUAGAUAACUAGAUUUGUUGAGGUUGCUAGUUAGUUAUAUAUUUUAUUAGAACAGCGACGUUAGCUGUACUUGAUAUUUGCCGUGUUAACGUUACAGUUUGAAAAUAAGAUAAUCGCGUUAGAGACCAUCCACACGCAGUGUUCUGAAGGCAUCUAACGUGGCGAUAUUGGCAGAAUUUCGACGCAGAAGUUGUAAUAUUUGUCUACAAGGGAUAUUUUGUACAAGCUUCAACACAGAGUUGCAAAGAAUAUGCCCCCCAAAAAGAAAAAUUCCAUUCCAGACAGGUGGACGGACUACCGGGCUGUGGGGAGGAGAAUCCCCGGCACACGGUUCAUCGCUUUCAAAGUUCCGCUGAAGCAGGCCCUCAUGAGACAGCUGCCCCACUCGGAAGCCUUCGGCCCCCAGGACCUGGUGCAGCUGCUGGAGCAGGAACAGCAGGAGCUGGGCCUCAUUAUCGACCUGACCUUCACCACCCGCUACUACAGGCCCGAGGAACUGCCUGAGAAUGUCAGCUAUGUGAAGAUCUACACCGCCGGGCACGCGGUACCGAGUGACGACACCAUUCUGACCUUCAAACGGGCGGUGAAGCGGUUCCUGCGGGACAACCAAGCCAAUGAUAAGUUGAUCGGAGUGCACUGUACCCAUGGGUUAAACCGCACAGGUUACCUGGUGUGCAGGUAUCUGAUCGACGUUGAAGGGAUGGAUCCCGCUGAAGCUAUAGAGUUGUUCAACAGGUCCAGGGGUCACUGCAUAGAGCGGGAGAAUUACCUGGAAGACCUGAAAUCUGGGCCAAAGAGAAGUAACCGGGGUAUCGACGAGCCGGAGCAGCAGCCUGUUCGGGAUCAGGGGGUCCGCAGACAGGACGACACCUCGUUCGGCAGACGCCCACCCUGCGACAGGCCGUUUCGCGGAGCUUCCUAUCCCAAUCACCACAUGCCGGUCCAUCAGAGGGCUCUGAGGUCCCCGUUGCAGAGGCACCCCGGUGGCCCCCGUCCCCCGCCCCCUCUCCCACCCUACCGAAUGGGCGCCCCGAGACCCUACCAUCAGGGGCAGGACUGGAGGAGACCCCCGCCCCUUCCCCCCUGCCCCCCUGUGCUACCCCGCUACUCCUACGGCGAGCCCUGGCAACCCCCAAACGGACGCUUCCCCUCUCCUUUCCCCCCAGGGCCACAAGCGGACCGCAGGGGGCCGGACAGGAAGCCCAGAUAUAGGUUCCACAAGAAUGAGAGGAGGGACUGGCAUUGA